UCAGCCGGCAAAGCAGCUGAGGCGGUGCCGAGGGAGGCUGCUCUCCAGCCGGUCGGGGCUGCGGCACCGUUCUCGGGAGGGAGCGGCUGGCCAGUCCAGGGGGCGGCAUUGGGGUCGGCGCUCGGGCCGGCAGACAGGCAGGCGCCCUCCGUGUGCCUCUGCAGCACCGGACGAACGUCUGCAUGCAUCUCCUCGUUUGACUCGGCGGAGCCCGGUAGGGGAAGCUGGACGGUCUCGCAUCCGCCCCUCUGCCGCCUCCCCGCAGCCCCCAGAGCCGAGCCGGUCCUGCAGGACCCUGGACAGAAACCACGGUGCCCGGUGGGCGCGCAGUGCGGUAACUUCUGAAUCCAAGCUAUUUGACGGAAAAGAGAUCCAGCAGGGUUGAAGCAGAGACCCCUUUGCCCUGGUGGUGACAGCACCCAGCUCUGUCCACCUUGCUCUGCUCCCCGUUGCCUGUACACCAUGGGCACUGUCUUGAGCCUUUCACCCAGUUACCGGAAAGCCAACCUCUCUGAGGAUGGUUCAACCACAGUGGGGCAUUAUACUGCAGUCCAGAACAGUAAGAAUGCCAAGGAUAAGAGCCUGAAGCGCCACUCUAUCAUUUCAGUGCUCCCUUGGAAACGCAUCGCAGCUGUAUCUGCCAAAAAGAAAAACUCCAAGAAGCUGCAGCCCAAUAGCAGUUAUGAAAACAACAUAACAUACCUCAACAAUGAGAACCUCAAGAAAUCUCUCUCCUGUGCCAAUCUCUCCACCUUUGCUCAGAACCAGGGCAAUCAGCCUACAGUUCCAAGCCACCAGAUUUCCAGCUCCAAGGGCAUCCUUUCUUCUGUCAAGAACUGCCCCCACCCCAGCUGCAACUCAUCUGGCACCCCCAAAAGGGUCCUUGUCCAAGCCUCAACCAGUGAGCUGCUAAGAUGCUUGGGGGCAUUCCUUUGUAGACGCUGCUACAGGCUGAAGCACCUUUCCCCCACCGACCCAGUAUUGUGGCUUAGAAGUGUGGACCGAUCUCUCCUCCUGCAAGGUUGGCAAGACCAAGGCUUCAUAACUCCAGCCAAUGUGGUCUUUUUGUACAUGCUUUGCCGGGAUGUCAUUUCGUCUGAAGUAGCCACGGACCAUGAUCUUCAGGCUGUCUUACUUACCUGCCUCUAUCUCUCCUAUUCUUAUAUGGGCAAUGAGAUUUCCUAUCCUCUCAAGCCCUUCUUAGUGGAGAGCUGUAAAGAGGCAUUUUGGGAUCGUUGCCUCUCCAUCAUCAACCUCAUGAGUCCCAAAAUGUUGCAAAUCAAUGCUGACCCUCACUAUUUCACUCAGGUCUUUGCUGACCUGAAGAAUGAGAGCAGCCAAGAAGAGAAGAACAGGCUGCUCAUUGGCCUGGAUCGGUGAGCUAAAAUUUCCCAUCAUUCACCCUUUUAUUUAAUCUUGUUUUUAUGUUAAGUUUCUUUUCCAUAUAAGCCAGGGCACAUAGAUGAGACUGGACAGGCCUGAAAGAAAUCAGCCACCUACCGCUGGUCUGUACCAUUAUUAUCUUGGCUUCUAUCAAUCAAAACUGACAAGAAAUGAAGUGGGUUUGCCUGUUUGGUUUUCAGUUUUGCUGCAUGUGAUGGAUAUGUCUUCUUUUUCAGAUUGUAAACCAGGAGAGGGCAAAAUAGAGUGGAGAAGCAAGUACCACGAUACAGGAUCAUGGCAUCCUUUCACCUUUUGUUUGUCCUAAACACUUCGCGAAUUGGGGUGAAUUAGCUUGCAGGAUUUACUUCUUCACAGUGGAAGGCAGUGGAGGAACAUAUUUACAAUUCUUAAGAAGAUAAAAGACCAAAUCUAGUAGAUGUUCUAGCACCUGGUAUUCUAGAAAAGGGAUCCAAGAAUGGAUUUUUAAAAAUAGUAAUUUGUAUUACUUUGUAUACCAGUUUCAACAAGAUGACAUCACCUCAGUACUGGCCUGCAAAAGGGACUCUUACUCCACGACAGUGUGAUUAUAUUGAGAAACAGAAGUGGGUAAGGAAAAGUCAGAAAAUAUACAAGAGACACAGCUCAUUUUGUGUAUGAUAUCGCCACCUGCAUCCAUUUCAUUGGAGGCCUUUUCAUCUAGGCUCCAUAGGUUUUCUCUAAAUAUCAGUAUCAAAAGGUGAAGAUGAGACUUGACAAUCUUUUCUUGCUAAGGUAGAUAUAAGCCACAAUAUGAGUUUGGAGGUGAGAUUUCAAAAUAAUCCCAGGCAAUAGGUACUAGCUAGCAUUGAUUUGUGACAAGUGAUAUAUGUUAAUAUUUGACUGGUCAAAAAUGGUUAAUUCUUUUUUUGGGGGGGGGAUGUGAUGUUUGCAUAAUAUAACUUUGCUGUUCCAAACAGGCUGAUUUUCAGUCCCUUGAGAUUUUUCUGAGCAUCUGCAAUAAAGUUCCCCAAUUCAGUUAUUGAAAAAUGCUAGGUUAUGUUACUAAAUGUAGGAAAUGGUGCUGAAUUUCAGUGUAGAAAUGCUUUACUUUUAAGGGGUUCCUUGCAGCCCCAGCCAGAACAGUACAGUUCAUGUGCAUUUAGCCAACCAAAAUUCUUCAUACUUUAUGAAAAAUAGCAACAGCCACAAUAAGGAGACCACAAUAAGGAGAUUAAACGAUAAUAAAAGGUUUCCCUUCUAUUAUAGUGCUGAGGACUGUUGAGUGUAUAAAUUGUAAUCUAAACCUGCAGCAGAUACAAAAUAUUCAGAUAUUUUGUAUAUUUUGUAGAGUAAUAUUGCAGAAGGGCCACAAAUCUGUUCCCACGCUUGGAGACAUUCUCUUCCACCUUGUAGACUUACAAUUAUAUGUGAACAUCUAAGAAUUUAAAUAUUUUUCCCCAUAGUGAACAUCUAAAAUAUUUGAUUAAUGUUAAAUUUUGAUGCUUAGAUAUUUAUUUUGUUUAGUUUUCUAGUUCCUAAACAAUAUGUAAAGGUUAAAAUACUCUAAUCUUCAGGGAUAGUCAAAAGUAUAUAAAAAGAAAGGAUAGUGGGGAGACUGAAUUUCCCUAGGUUACUAAUAAUACGUAUUAAAUGUCAAUAGUCCAGAUCUAGGGUUCUGUGGAAGAUGUGAACUUUUUGAAUGGAGGUAAUCUCCUUCAUUGUUUUAAGCUCUCACAAGCUGGACAGUUAAAUAGUAUAAAGGCAAUAAUACUCUGGGGUAAAGAAGGCUGUGGAUAAAAGGAUAAGUUAGAAAUAUUCUAGAAAGUUCUUCUAAUACUAGUGCUGAGGAUGCUGGCAUUCUAGCAGAAAGGCAGAGGGAGGGCUAUAUUGGAGUAUAUGUUUUUAAAUAGGGGAGCUUGCGAUUAAUUAAAAAAAACAGCAAAGCACUAUUAAAAAUACAGAGGAACAUUAAAAGCUGUGAAAUCUGAAAAGGCCAAAGCUAAGAGGCUUCAGUAGACUGGAAUCAAAUGCAUAUGUUGUGAUGAUUAAGCAGCUGCUGGGUUUGUUCAGCAGGUCUUGCCACUGCCUCAAAAGCUAGGCCAAAAUCUGAGCCAUUAAGCAGUGAGAUACUGUUAAGCUUGCUGCUGAGUUUGUAAAGGAAAUCUGAGCCUUAGCAUCAAAGAGGAAGGGAGGGCUCCUCUCCUUCUUCCAUGUAAACCAUUUGCUUCUCUGUAAUGGGUGGCAUCUAUCAUCAUAUCAGUCUCCCUUGGAGACCCCUGUUUUUCAUUCAGCAUUAUGGCUGAGCUCUGGAAUACUUUACAGUAGUGGCUCAGACAAAAUUUGGGAAUGUAUUUGAAGACAUCCCCUGGUUGUUCAAAAUAAAUCUUUUUGCCCUUCCUCCCCUUCUUAAUAAAAACUAUAUAAUAAAGGCAAAUCACAGUUGUACGCAUAUGGAUAUGAAAGCUUAAAGCUGCAAUCCUUUGCAUGUUUACAUGGAAAUAAGGUGCAUUCAAGGAAUCAGACUUAUUUCUGAGUAGGUGUGCUUUAGAUUGCACUGCAUGGAAAGCAAAUGUGACUUGGUGGUAUAAUUGAUGUGCAAAACUAUCUUGGCUUGAACCUAUAUAUUUACUGUUGUACAGUGGGGGGGAAAGGUCAACUGACAUACUUGAUAAAAAGAGCAAUGAGUGAGACUUUAAUAUGCUGCUGUAUAAAAUGAAUCAUUUUAGAACAAAAUCUAUGCUUAUGGCGAGAGGAAAAAGAAAAACCUAAUCCUUUUCUGUCAUUCCAUUAUUGCUUUACAAUAAUACUGUGCAUGCCAAAAGCAGCAUUGUGACUUUUGACAGCAGGCAAAACUUUAGAAGAGUUGAUUGUAAAAAGAAAAAAAAAUAGAAACACAAUAACUCACCAUGCACAAAUUUCAAGCAGAUCUACUGCUUUCAUCCAUACUUUCAUUUUUUGAAAUCAAUGUAUUUCAUCUCAAGACUUCUAGGUAUUUUCUGAUAUUAACUGUACACAGUUCUUAAUGUUUAGCUCUGUUCUAAACUAUUUUUCUCAAAGGAAAAAAAACACAAGAAAAUAGUGUGCCAUUUUUUUUUCACUUGAACGUAUUUUUUUUUAACAUUUUUGAAAUGGGAGAAAAGAAAACAGGAACUGCUAAAUUCUAUAUGUCUAUGUAUGUUAAAGUUUUUGGAUAUUUUUUUUAGUGUGCAAUCCCUUCUGUAGAUAUUUGUUGACCAAAAUUGGUAUUAUUGCUUAUUAUUACUUAAUUUAUAAAUGGUUUUUGUAUGUAUGUGUACUAUAGUGUGUUUCUAAGUAUGAGGUUUAUAAAUAUGACAAGACUGUCAAAGA